AAGACAUGUUUUGUCACAUGAUGCAUUAAAUCACACCUGAUGAAUGACACUGAUUCAUCCCCUCUGUGAUAUACUUACGGAGAAAUCUGAAGCUGUUUAAAAAAAAUAGCCUGAUAGUUAAUAAGGGCAGGGGCAGAGUAUAUUUCCCUGCUGAGCAUUUUACAGCUCAGCAUUCGACUGCUGGGUUUGGGAGAACACACAAUAAUGGCACAGAAUGAUGUUGCACUCGAAAAUGUAGUCUACGCCAAUGGAAAUGGAAUCGACAACAGGGCUUUUGAAAAUGGGGACGACAUUGUCACAGACACUGGCAGCAUUAAAAGUCAGACUAGAAAAGCAAAAAAGGGACUGGGCUCCUACUUGAGCAAAGUUUCCCAGCCAAUAAACGCCACAGAAAACUACAUCAAGGAUCAUUCAAAAACCUUCAAAUAUAUCGUCCUGGGCAUACUUGGAGCAGGUUAUGUGGCAUACUUCAUUGCAGCCUGUGUACUGGAUUUCCAGAGGGCCACCGCUCUUGUGGUCCUCACUAUUCUCGCUGUUGUUGCCAAAUUGUAUGAACUUCUUAAGACGCACAAAGGUGAAAGCAUCAGCCGUUGUUUUAGACCAGCUGUCAGAUGCUUUAAAUCCAACUUGAAAUGGCUGAAAUGGGUUUUUAUCGUGGCGGUCUUGGCCCUGCUUGUGGUGUGGCUGGUUUUAGACACCAGUAAGCGCCCCGAACAGCUCAUUUCAUUCGGAGGUGUGUGCAUGUUUGUCGUGCUUUGGUUCCUCCUCUCGGCACACAGGGCAAUGAUAUCAUGGAGGCCGGUGUUUUGGGGUCUUGGAAUGCAGUUCUGUAUUGGCCUCUUUAUCAUAAGAACAGAGCCCGGGCUUAUUGCUUUCAACUGGCUUGGAAAACAAGUACAGAUAUUCCUUGACUACACCAAGGCAGGGUCAUCGUUUGUUUUUGGGGAUCUGAUCAAUAACAUUUUUGCCUUUCAAGCUCUGCCCAUCGUGGUUUUCUUCAGCAGCGUGAUGUCAAUCCUUUACUUUUUGGGUGUAAUGCAGUGGAUCAUCUUAAAGAUCGCAUGGGUAAUGGAGAUAACGUUGGGAACCUCUCCCACAGAGACCUUGAGUGUGGCAGGCAAUAUAUUUGUUGGGCAGACCGAAGCUCCGCUGCUGAUUCGCCCUUAUUUGAAUGACAUGACCAGAUCUGAGAUCCAUGCUGUCAUGACGGGUGGAUUUGCCACCAUAGCAGGCAGUGUGAUGGGGGCAUUCAUCUCCUUUGGGAUAGAUGCAUCUUCAUUGAUAUCGGCCUCCGUGAUGGCGGCGCCGUGUGCUUUGGCUAUGUCUAAACUCUCUUACCCUGAGACUGAGAAAAGUGCCUUUGAUUCAAAGAAGAGUAUCAAAGUGGCUUGUGGUGAUGAACAGAACAUUUUGGAGGCUGCUAGUAGUGGGGCGUCUGCAUCAAUAGGUCUUGUUGCUAACAUUGCAGCCAAUCUGAUAGCUUUUCUUGCCAUCCUGGCAUUCAUUAAUCAGGCCUUCAGUUGGCUUGGAAGUAUGGUGGGAUAUCCUUCAGUCACAUUUGAGUUAAUUUGCUCUUAUGCAUUUAUGCCCGUGGCCUUCAUGAUGGGAAUACCAUACGAUGAGAGCUUCACUGUAGCUCAAUUAAUCGGCACAAAGCUUUUCCUCAAUGAGUUUGUGGCUUACGAAAAACUUGCUGAAAUGAAGAGCAACAGAGUCAAUGGACUUGAUCAAGUAAUUGGAGGUGAAAUACAGUGGCUAUCUGUCCGAUCAGAGGUUAUCACCACGUAUGCUCUUUGUGGGUUUGCCAAUUUUAGCUCGCUGGGCAUUGUGCUAGGAGGCCUGUCUGCCAUAAGUCCAUCAAGAAGAAGUGACAUCUCAUCUAUGGUGGUGAGAGCCAUGCUCACUGGGACUUCUGUAUCUCUCAUCAAUGCAUGUAUUGCAGGGAUCCUGUUUGUUCCACCACUCGACUGCGUGGAGCUGUUUAAGCUCUCUGCCUUCAACGCCACAGAUGCAAAUGUUCAACAAUGCUGUCAAGAUCUAUUUCAAAGCGUUGUGUACAAUGGGACCAUCUGGUUCGAAGGAUCGUGGAGCUCAGUCCCAAACGUCACAGAGUAUUACUCCAGAUGUUGCCAGUGCUGCGGCCUUAUUGAUGGAGCGAUUUGUGUGUAGAGAUGGGUAAUGGAAAACAGUAGGCCUCAGGCAUGAACAUUUCAACAACUUUAUGCUGAACUUGUUUUCAAGCUUGCAACUGCAAUUGUCCAAGGUUGCCAAAGUUUCGACAUAGUUUCAAAUCUCUAUUAGCAUACGAUUGCUAACUUUCUGAGGACAAAAUCGAAACCUGACAAUGUUGAGCAGCUUUUACAGACUUGUGAUGAAACUGUCUGAGAGAAUGAAUGUACAGGCAGUUAAAGUUAGCUUCACGUGCCUUUAAACAGCAGAAUGUACUGAGGGGCUACUGACGUAGGCUACUACAUGCUCGCAAACCCCCAUUUUUUUCCUGACACAAAUCAACUGUAUAUACAUGGAAAUGCCACUUUGGCUUCAAUCACAACACAAAAUAGCAUAAAACAUUUUAAAUCAACAAACAGGAAGUUCUGUUCAUUUCUGACCAUCUGCACUGCCGUCUGCUGUGGCAUCAAUUCACCCAACUCAGUCUGCAUGAAUCUGAGUUUAGAGGCUAUUUUCAUUGUUUCAAGUCAUUUUAGUCCCCGACGUUCAGAUUACAAACCAAUACAGCAUUUACACCCCAUAUCUGGGUGGCUAUGGUGUCAUGGGUAGUGUUGGUUAUCGCAGGAUCAAUCCCCAGCGCUGUCACAGGCCAAAGCAUGCCUGGGCAGGAUACUGAGCCGUACUGUUCACUGACACUAUGACUGGCUGCAGCACUCAUUUGAGUCAGGUUGGACAUCCAACCUACUGUAUGUCAGAUAUACAAAACAUGGUGAGCUGCUGAGGUGAGUCGUACAAAAGGAAAGGAAAGGAAAGUGUGGAGAUGUUAACAUAUAUGCGGAAAUUACAGUAUGAGGUGCAAAUUUCUCACUGUCACUACGAUAUAUGGUGAUAAAAUGGAAACAUACAUGACAUGUCUUUGUGGUGAGACAAAUACUACCUACUGGACCAUUUGGAAACUUUCUUUGUAACUCAGUUAUAAAUACCUUUAUAUCCCUCAUUUAUAGUUCCUGCUCAUGGGCCAGUGUCUGUUUUUAUACAUUUGUAUAUUUCUGUGACACUUUCUGUAAAAAUGUAAAGCCUUUAUGCAUAUUGUUAAAAGAUGAUUGUAUCUGCCAUGUAUUAUAUUGUAAAUUAAUUUAAAUGUAAGCUUUUAUUUAAAGCCAGAUGUUAUUUCAAGAACUGCAACUAUGGAGAUAUUCAGACACUGACAUUUUAAUGAAUAAAUAAAACUGAGGGGUUCUUUUAAGAUGUUAUUUCUUAAGCGAUCUAACUAUUAAAAUAUUUGUUGAUGA